AUGGCUACCACUACGGUCAAUGGCAGCAAUGGCAACAAGGGGACCGCUUCACGACCAAAUCAAUCCCUGUACAUCCAGAAUCUGUCUGUCAAGGAGAAAAAAGAAGACCUACUUCGACUGCUUUACAUGACCUUCACAUCGGAGGCAUCCGUUAUCGAUGUGACAGUGAUGAAGUCGGAGAAAAUGCGCGGCCAAGCUCACAUCCUGUUCAAAGAUGUACAGAGUGCGACGUAUGCAAUGGAAAAACUUCAAGGCACGAUGUUUUUGGACCGACCAUUAAAAAUAAGCUAUUCGACCAACCGCUCAAAAACCCUCGAUAAGAUUCUCGGCACAAACGUCGAAGCAGCGUUUGAACAACCCAAGGCUGCACAGUCAAGCAAUCUGCCACCUCCCCCUGGUGGACUUCCGCCACCUCCAAGUGGCUUGCCGCGUCCGCCAGGAGCGUUGCCGGCUCCGCCCGGUGGACUCCCGAAGCCCCCGAGCGGACUCCCUGGCCGACCAGGAGCUCCACCGACUAUCGCUGGUCCCUUGAACAGCUUCAACCUCCCACCGGCCCCACCGCUACCUGCUGCCAAUUCACAGAUGGAUGUGGAUGCAAGCGUCCUGAAGCGCAAACAUGCCGCGAGCGAUGACGAAGAUGAGGACGAAGACGAUGGUGCAGAGAUGGAGAUGAGCGAUGACGACGAUGAUUGA